AUGGCCAGGUUGGGGAGGUCAGAGCCAGAACCACAGAAUGUGCGAAAGCUUAUAUCUAGGCAAAACUUUAAGUCCAGCGGCUUCAUAUUGCACAAGCAAGUGUUCACUUGGCGCCCAGACCUCAGGCCGCAGAGAUCGAAAGUUGCCCAGCCGCUGAGACACGGCUUACCCGGGAUCCCGCCGCACCUCUCCGCGGUCACGGCCCAGCCCCCAGAGGUGGCCAAAGAAAACCAAAGGGACCAUAGUAAAAGUGGCAGUUCCAAGACACCGCCCGAGCUGAACCCGCGGCCCCAGAACCCAAUCGAGAACAGAAAACUAGGCCUCAGCGGCAAAGCCCACGCGGACCCGAGCUGGAAGGUCGAAACCCCGUUUCCACCGCUGCUCAGAACCGGGGCACUACUCUCAGAGGUCAAGAAAGGGAGCUGGGUAGUGAGACGGGACCGAAGGGCCUUAGCGCUACACUUUGCUUUUCGAGAAUUCUGUAAAGGAGGCCAGGAGCCCCGAUUAGGGAAUUCAGGGAGGGGAGUCGGAGCUAAAGUAGCUCCCAUCCCAACCCCCACCCCACUCCCUUCUUCUAGGGCCCAGGGCCAGGGACAAGGAAUCCCAGCUUCCAAGGAAGGGGAGGAAAAGCUGAACAGUCGGGGCUCGCCGUCUCUUCGGUGGGAGGAAUAUGGGACUGAAGCCACGGCGGUUCUGCUGGGUUGCGGCGCUAGUUUCCAAAGACUUUCUCCAAACUUAGCGCUGCAGCUCGGUUACUUCGGAGGAGGCGGGGGAGGGGGCGCAGGGCCGCAGCAGCGGUCUGGGGUCCUCCGCGCUCGAGAAGGGGAGCCAGGCCUCUCCCCCCCGGCCCCGCCCACCUGCCCGGGUCCGUCGAAGCCGGGAUCGACACUUUGUUUGCAAAGCCCCACACGCUCCCAGGACACUGCCUCGCCCGGGACCGCGCCGAGGGGCCGCCAAGAGGGAGGGGGUUUCGGGGGCAGAGUUGGGAGGCGGCUCGCGGUUGCCGCUGCACUCCCGGUGCAACGUGGGGGCGGCGGGGACUGGGAAGGAGCCGGGCAAUGGCUGCGCGAGCCGGGGGUUACCUCGGCGCACCCCCGCCCUCCCCCGCCCCUACACCCCGCCAUCGCCGCCCGCCCACCCCGCCCGGGUCGCGCGCUAACUCCGGGGCUCCACUGGCGAAUUCCGCGCAGAGCGAGGCGAGACGAGGAGGGCGAGCGGAGCGCCCGAGUGCCCGCCGCGGAGAGGGCCGUGGGUCCCGCGGCCCGCCCGGGGGCCUCCGCCCUUCUCGCGCCCUCUCGGCGCUUCCGAGGGAGUGGCGGAGAGGAGGCGAAGUCCUGGGUAACCGGUUCCUUUUCUCCGCCGCGCGCCACCCGCUCCGCGGCCAGAAUUUGGGCGCGAGGACUGGGGGCGGCGGGCUGGAGAGGCGGCGGCCCCGGCCCGUCUCGCGACGCCUUGGGCCCCAGCGGCUCCUCGCUGUGCGCCCCACCUGCAGCCCGGCAACGCGGGCGGCUCGUGCCAGCGCAGGCUGCGGUGCGGAGCGCGGGAGCAGAUCCCCCCUCGGCGGCCCGGGACUCCCGCGCCGGGGAAGAGCACCCGCAGGCAGCGCGCCGCCGCCCGCCGCUCCUCGGCGUCUGCAGGGGCGCCCGUCCCGCCAAGGGCGUCUGCACGUUCCGAACGCGUCCUCCGAACCGCUGGACCCGGGGUCCCCUUGCCUCACACAUGCACCGUACUUCCCAGGCUAGGAGCUUGGCAGGAAACUCUUUCACACUCCUCGGUCUCUCCUUCCACGUCUCCACCUACCCGAGUCAGUCUGGUGGAAAACGUGGUCACAGACCCGUGCCCCUCAGUUUCUUUCCCACACGCUGAGGAGGGAGCCUCCCCGAGGCUAUUUCCCCGGAUUGUUCGCACUGGCGAAGCCCAUUUCCCAGUUGAACAAACUUGCCAAGUACGUUUACCUGUGUGGACUUUUCAAAGCCUAAGAAAAGUGCCUUCGGCCCAACCCUGAGCAAGGCAAUUCUUUUAAAUGGCACCUCUCGGUGAAAGGCACGACUUGGCUCCCCUUCGAGGGAUUCCUACCCUUCCCCUUAAUCUGCCCCCGCCCCCACCCCGGCGGGCGGAGGGAAAAGUUUGCACAGCAGCGAGGGCGGUGGGGAGCCGCCGGGCGCACCGCGGCGGGGAGCGCUCCGGGCCGGCCGGGCCGGGCACCGCGAGCUGCCGGGGCGCUGGGUGAGGAGGAGAAGGAAGGGGGAGCCCGCUGAGUGAAAGGGGGCCGCGGCCGCCACUCAUCAAAGUGCUUCCCCUUCCCCCAAGCGACACUUUCCUUUGGAGUCCGAAUAAAAUACGGGCUCCUCCAAGAUCCUGUGAAAUUAUUCAGCUCCAAAUGCAGUCCAGUACCCUGCCCUUCCUUCCAAAAGAUCAUUUUCACAUGAAAAGUCUUAUGGAUACACAAACUUCUGCUCAAGUUUUCAUUGCAAGAAAAACGGCAACAGUGUUUAAGAUGGAGAUGGCUGCUGCAGGGUUGGAACCUGCUAGAGACCAGGUGUGAGCCGAUGGCCAGCGAGAGACACACACCUGAAUCCGGCAAAGUGGGGGAGGGGCGCUGGAGGCCCGAAGAGGUUGGCCCAACGGUUGGGAAGGGGGGUGUGGGUAAAUGAGGAGGCGGGAAACAGAGAUGGCGAUAAAAUCAUUUUGAAAGGACUAGAGAAUCUGCCAGAGAACCUACCCUCCUCCCCCACCCCCACUCUCACCCCAAACAGCCCAUUCUUCGCUAAUUUCCUCUUCGCUCUAUUUUAGCAGUUGGAUGUAUCUCACACUGGGCGCCAUAUGCUUCACAAUAACUUUAAAAGUAGUGAAUCGGCUAAUUAGCAUUUUUCUUUGAAGUAAAAAAUAAAUUUGCUCUGCAAUAUUACACUGCA